CUUCAAACAAUUGCUUCCACCACCACGACGAUGUAUAUCCAUUGAUUCUAUUCUUCUGUUUUCCAUCGCGUCAUACAUCAUACAUACAGCUCCAUAGGUGGUCCUGUAAUUGGGAUUCUUCUAUAAUGCUUUUGCUUCCAUUCACUCUUACGUCGAUUUACCACCGCCCAUCAUGACACCAUCCGAAUUCGAGGCAGGCGUCGAUGCUCCCGAGUCGAAUUGCCCUUUCUGCACCAUCGCCGACCACUUCCCGCCGUUCAGCGCAACCAGCCCGCCAAGAGAUCACGACCACGACAUUGACCCGACCAAGACAACCCCCCCGGCCUUCGUCGUCCUCUCCACAGGCACCCUCGUCGCCUUCCUCGACAUCAUGCCCCUCUCCCGUGGCCACCUCCUGCUCUGCCCCCGGACACACCGCCCGAAACUCACCGACGUCUCACGAGAUGAAGCCGCCGAUCUAGGCCGAUACCUCCGCGUCCUCUCGAAAGCCCUGUCGCGCGUCACGGGUGUGGAGGACUGGAACGUCGUCCAGAAUAACGGCGCCGCUGCGGCGCAGGUCGUCAUGCACAUGCACUUCCACCUCAUCCCGCGGCCCGAGAUACGUGCGAGCGGGAGAUACAGCGAGAGUUUUACCAUGUUUGGCCGGGGUAAGAGGGAGGAUCUCGACGAGGACGAUGCGGAUCAACUAGCGCGGGAGCUGAGGGAAGCUGUCGCUGAGGUCCUGCGGGAAGAAGAGGUCGAAUCACAGAAGGACAAAUCGAAACUCUGACAUUUCGUUUCUGCUGCUGUUUUGUUUGGCUCACAUUGGCAUUGGCAUUGGCAUUGUUUCAUGAAUGCAUUUUUACUCUUUAACUUUUAUUCUUAGUUUUAGCGUGCCAUCGGGCGUGUCAUCUAUAUAUAUACCCCGGAAAUACCAGCGACACGGAAUGCCAACAGUAUUUUCUUCUUGCCAUGCCCCACGCACACACACACACACACGCACACACACACGCACACGCACACGCAGAAACCGUUUCUUCCAUCAUUUAUGCUUAACUUCUCUCUAUUCGUCAUCACCCAGGAAGACCUUGACACCAUCGGGCAAAAAGGCGCCAUCGCAGACCUUGAAUCGCUCCGUGAAGCUGGACAGCUGCUUCAUCUCCUCGUCGGUCAGCUCCCAGCCGUCCAGGUCAAAGUUGGCGUCGAUACGCUCCUUGGACACGGACUUCGGGAUGACGCUCGUGCCGCGCU